AUGAAAUUCCAUCAUAGUAGAGCAAAAAACAAAUGCAGAACAAGUAAAGUGGAAGAGGAGGAGGGAGUAAAUGAGUGUAAGGCUUGUUACAAGGCAUAUGAAGGAUAUAUCAGUGGUGAAGAUGCUGAAAGGGUGAUUGAAAAGCUUGGUAUAGUAAGGUUGGAGGAGUGUGAAGAGUUUUCCUUUGAGCUUCUUGACGGAGCUUAUCAGUUGUUGGAGGAGAAGGAGGCAAACAUCGGGGAGUUAUCGGCGGCUUUCGCCGUCUUUGAUGAGGAUGGAGAUGGAAUGGUGAGUGAAAAGGACUUGUGGAGGGUGUUUCAGAGAUUAGGAUUUGAAGAGUUGGUGAGAAAGGAAGAGGAGUGCAAGAAGAUGAUCAGUGUUUAUGAUGAGGAUGGUGAUGGGAAGAUUAGUUUGCAAGAGUUUAAGUGUAUGUUAGAGUGUUCAACAUGA